AUGCCCGAGCUGUUCAGACUCGUCGAGGGGCUGAAGGACUUCAGGAAUGACUCUGACUCUUUGGACCGCUGCAUCCAGACUGCUCUCUCUGCCCUCUACCCGCCCUUUCAGGCCACAUCCCCGACUGUCCUCUGUCAGGUCCUCAGCGUGGUGGAACGCUGCUACAGAGGAGACGGCUUUCGCUACCUCAUCCACUUCCUGCUGCCUGCGAAGCAAUUCUUAAUGGACCUCCAGCAAAAUGCCUGCUUGCAGCACUGUGGUCAGUGUUUCCGUCAUGAAGGCUGGCCUCUGUGCCUCCAUGAGAAGGUAGUGGUUCAGUUGUGUCCUCUGGACCACCGCCUUCUUCGUCCAGGAGACUUCUACCUGCUGGUUUCUGCUCCUCCUUGUCCCCCCCUUGCACACGGCGCCUCCUGCAGGAGAGCCGUGACCUCCUCCCCCCGCCUGCUCCUGUGCAGCGCGUCCGCCGCCAGCCGCCCGGUGGAGCAACAGGAGGUGUCGGAGGCGGCCCUGCGCUCCCUCUUCAGCAUGACCUGGCUGGACUCGGUGAACCGGGAGCGGGAGCAGCGAGGAGCGCCCGGCCUGCAGCGCUGCCUCCUCCUGGCCCACGGAGACGUCUUCAGGCUCCCCUGGGAGGACCUGGUGUACCCACAGCUCACCUCCCUGAAGGAGGAGAAGGAGUCGCCCAGGAAGGAGGGAGAUGGUUUGAUGAAUACAUCGCACGAUCCCGGGAGAGAUGCCAACUCCUCCAGACAGGAAGUAAAGCUCCUCCAAUCAGCAGCGAGCGAGUACUCUAAGGACUCUGAGGACGAGUACGUGGAGCUGACGGAGCUGCCUCGCUUCUCCCCUCAGGACGGCUCUCUGACCCAGGCCAUCAGGGCCAGCACACACUCUGCACACACACACUCUGCUGCACACACACCUCUCAGCGCUCACACACACUUUCCCGGGCCCUGUGUGGAGGGCAGCUCCCACACCACGGACUGCUCCCGGCUCACCGAGGAGAACCUGAUCCAGGACUCAUGUGGACCCGUCCUCCUCGGCCCAGUCCCCCCCCCCUCCUCUGCUCCACCUCAGGUCGUGGGAACCUCCAGCUGGGCGUCACAGGAGCAGAGAGAAGCUACGGAGUUAGACACUGAACCUGAAGGCAGCACAGAACAGAACCUCAGCAGACCUCCAGUCCAGUCUACUGGUCCCUUGUCUCCUGGUCUCUUGUCUCCUGGUCUCUUGUCUCCUGGUCCCUUGUCUACUGGUCUCUUGUCUACUGGUCUCUUGUCUCCUGGUCCCUUGUCUCCUGGUCCCUUGUCUCCUGGUCUCUUGUCUCCUGGUCCCUUGUCUCAUGGUCUCUUGUCUCCUGGUCCCUUGUCUCCUGGUCCCUCGUCUACUGGUCCCUCGUCUCCUGGUCCCUCGUCUCCUGGUCCCUUGUCUCCUGGUCCCUUGUCUACUGGUCUCUUGUCUCCUGGUCCCUUGUCUCCUGGUCCCUUGUCUACUGGUCUCUUGUCUACUGGUCUCUUGUCUCCUGGUCCCUUGUCUCCUGGUCUCUUGUCUCCUGGUCUCUUGUCUACUGGUCCCUUGUCUCCUGGUCCCUUGUCUCCUGGUCUCUUGUCUCCUGGUCCCUUGUCUCCUGGUCCCCUGUCUCGUGGUCCCUCGUCUCCUGGUCCCUUGUCUCCUGGUCCCUUGUCUCCUGGUCCCAGCCCAACAGAACCAGAACCACAGCUGGACCCUUCGGCCCGUGGCCCAGUGUGUCUCCCCCAGUCCUUCUACUCGGUGCUGCUGCGCUCUGGAGCGCUCUGCCUGCCUGGGACCAGAGACCGGAGCGGUCGAGCUCUGCUGACGGUCUGCAGCUGGAGCUCCGUGUGGUCCCACCCCGACUGUGAGGCCUCCGAGCUGCUGCGCCUCCUGCUGCGCCUCCUGCUGUACUACUGCUCCACCCUCAGGAAGGAGGUGGCAGCGUUGGGACUGACGGUGCUGGUGGACGCCCGCAGAGCCGCUCCGGUCCCGGCCCUGUUCUCCGCCCUCAGGGCCCUAAAGGAAAGCGUCCCCAGGUCCGUCCACUGCGUCCUCCUGCUGGUCAACAAGGACUCGUCUCUACGUCUGGACAGACCUGCUGCCAUGCAGGUGGAGGUGUUGUUCUCUCUGAAGUCUCUCCAGAAACAAGUGGACCUCCAGCAGCUUCCUGCAAAGUGUGGAGGUUCUUUGAGCUUCAGUCAGAGCAGCUGGUUGAGCUUCAGAUCACGAGUGGAGCAGCUGACCAAUCAGUGUGAAGACGUCAUCAAGCUGCUGCAGAAAACCAUCAACAUCCUGCAGAGCACACCUUUACCUGUAGCAGCGGAGGGGGCCGAGCUGCUGUUGUCCAGGUACCAGGCCGUGAUGCGCAACAUCCUGGAAGACGCCCGAUUGGUGCAGCUGCAGCAGGAGGGCGGGGCCUCGCUGUCCCUUCUCCGCAGAGAGGAGGGCGUCGGCCUGGGCGUGGGCGUCGGCCCGGGCGUGAGCGCGGCGGUGGAGACGGCGUCCUCGCUGUACGACGCGGUGGACGAGCUGCUGCACCGGCUGGUCACGCUGUCCAACUCCAGGACCCAGGAGCUGCUCUUCAUCCUGGACUUCAGCGGCCUGGAGGACGGCUUCAGACAGGUGAGCUCGUGGCUGCAGGCCGGCGUUGGUCUCCAGAGUCUGAGGGAAGCAGAAGAUUCUCUAGAGCUGCUGAAGAAGAAACAGACGGACUUCAAAGAGUUCCACACGACUGCUGAUGAGCGCUGCAGACGAGGGGAGGAGUUGCUGCGUCGUCUUGAUCGUUGGGGUCACAUGACGUCAGCUGACCUACAGUCCUACGAGGUCAAAGUUCAGACCUUCCGGGCUCGGCUGCAGGACUUCUCCAGGAGGGUCAGCGCGGCGGGUCAGAACCUGGAGCGGGCCGUGGCCCUGUACGGCUUCUUGGACCAGGCCGGCGGCUGGGCGUUGGAGGGGAUGCGUCAGCUGGCUGCCGUCAGCAUGGAGGACUGCACGCUGCCCGACAAAUGCCGGUCUGUGAUUGGCCGCCUGGAGGAUUACCGCCGGCGGCACCCGCUGAUCCCAGACCAGCGCUUCCAGGAGGCGAAGGCGGCGGCGGGCGAGCUGCGGGGGGGGCGGGGCCUCCGCGAGUGGAGCUCCGCCUGGGCCGAGUGUCAGGAGACCAGGGAGGCGUUCGACAAGAAGAUGGAGGCUGCGCUCCGGACGCGGGACUCCGCCCACAGCAGGAGCUCCGCCUCCUCUAGGAGAACGCUGUCAGGACUCUGGGGGCUCCGUGAGACCUCCUGCCCCCUAGAGGAGGACAGCACCUCCUCCUCCCCCGCCCCUCUCCUCCAGCGUCUGUUACACAGCGCCUCCGUGGAGGAAGCGCACCGCGAGGAGAUCUGCUCCUCCAGUCCCAGCCUCCUCCACUCCUCCUCCUCCUCCGGCAGGCGGCAGCCGCUCAGGAAGACCCAGAGCUUCGACGGCCCCCACGAGGCGCCCCGGUUCAUGGAGCCGGUCCGCAGAGGGAACACCGGCGUGCUGAUCCGCGGCCUGGAGGUCGGCAGCUCGGAGGGGGCGCCGGGCCCCAGGACGGCUGCUCACGGCUGGGCAGCGGCAGGGCCACGCAGCCCCGAGAGCACCUGGACCACCGGGGCCCCCGGGACCAUCGGGACCCCCGGCGGCCCGCCAACAGACCCCCGGGCCAGAGGGAGUAAGCUGCGCCACCUGGUGGAGGAGAUGGUGACCACGGAGCGGCAGUACGUGCGCUCGCUGCGCUACGCCCUCCAGCACUACUCCCCCGAGAUGGAGCGGCCCGACCUGCCCCAGGGCCUCCGGGGGAACCGCUCCGUGGUCUUCGGGAACCUGGAGAAGCUUCUGGACUUCCACACGCAGUUCUUCCUCCGGGAGCUGGAGGCCUGCUGGAGGCACCCGCUGAGGGUCCCCCACUGCUUCCUGAGACACAAGGAGCAAUUCGGUCUGUACGCUCUGUACAGCAAGAACAAACCAAAGUCUGACGCCCUGCUGGCCAACCACGGGAACUCCUUCUUCAGGAGGAAGCAGCUGGAGCUGGGUGAUAAGAUGGACCUGUCGUCCUACCUGUUGAAGCCGGUCCAGAGGAUGAGUAAAUACGCUCUGCUGCUCACUGACCUCAUCAAGGAGGUGGGCGGGGCUCAGGAGGUGGGCGGGGCUCAGGAGGCGGAGCUUGCCGCUCUGCAGGACGCCACCAACAUGGUCAAGUUCCAGCUUCGCCACGGCAACGACCUGCUGGCAAUGGACGCCAUCCGAGAGUGUGAUGUGAACCUGAAGGAGCAGGGUCAGCUGAUCCGUCAGGAUGAGUUCACUGUCUGGUCCGGCAGGAGGAAAUGUCAGCGCCAGCUCUUCCUGUUUGAGGAGCUGGUCCUCUUCAGUAAACCCAGGAAGAUGGAGGGGGGUCUGGACAUCUUCAUCUACAAGCACUCCUUCAAGACAGCAGACGUGGGUCUGACAGAGUCCGCCGGGGACACCGGGCUGCGCUUUGAGAUCUGGUUCAGAAGGAGGACCUCCAAGAACCAGACCUUCACCCUGCAGGCCGCCACGCUGGAGGUGAAGCACAGCUGGACCAGCGGCAUCGCCCAGAUCCUGUGGACCCAGGCCACCAGGAACAAAGAGCUGCGUCUGAAGGAGAUGGUGUCGAUGGGCAUGGGCAACAAGCCGUUCCUGGACAUCAAGCCCAGUGACGCAGCCAUCAGCGACCGAGCCGUCCACUACCUGAAGGGCAGAGGGGCCAGAACGAGGGCCUCCAUCGCCGUCUCGGUCUUCGACCACUCCACCCCUUUUAAAGGAGGAGGGGUGACCUCUGACCCCACAACAUCAGGACCUUCUUCAUUCAGCAGGCUGGGGCCGCUCAACCUGCACAUGUACAGUCAGAACCUCACCUCCUCUCCUGCUGCUGAAGGCUCCUUCAUCACCUCCUGCAUCGAGGAAGACGAGCAGGAGCACGAGACCAGCAGCCAGCCCUCCAUGACCACAGAAAGUUCCGGCUCAUCUUCUCGCCGUCUCUCCGGCUCCACCGGCUCCGACAGCGGCUGCGUCUCCUCCCACCUCCAGGAGGUGCUGCCCGAGGAGCCGCCCCCCCGCAAGCCUUCACCAUUCAGCCAACAGCACCUCAGCAGCCAGUACAUCGUACCUAAAGCAGUCCUGGUCCUCGGUCCCUCCAGCAUUGUGUGAUCAGCUGACCUGAUGGACAGUGCGUGACCUCAGUUUGACCUCAGAGGUCAUCAAACUUCUUCUAGUUCCAGAGGUUUAAACCAUGAGUUUACGGUGAUGUAAUACCACCUUUGACCUGAGAGUACCUGUUUUAUUGUGUUGACCUCAGGCUCCUCAAAGAGGGUCGUCAUGACGACGCCUCUCCGUCUUAUACUUCAUACAAAGGGACCCCCCAGGCGGGUCCCUGCUGCAGGCCUCCGGUCCGUUCUCUAGUGUUCCAGCUGAUCCAGACUUAAAUGUGUAAAUAAUUUUCUACUCGAGUAAAAACGUUUUGUUCAAAACUGA